CAUAGUUAAAUCGAUCUCCGAGUGCACGACAGAACAUUGAAGUGAAGCGGAGAAAAUCGAAAAGUUUUGUGUGUUAUACACUAAAAGAAAAUAUAUUUAAAAAAAAAAUUAGUUCAAUGUGUUAAAAAAAAUGAGGACAUUGUCGGUUUUAUUAUUAACCGUUGUAAUCGCUCUGCACGGUUCCGUUACCAAGGCAAGUUUUCUACCUUUGGUAAGUUUGCCGGGAGGCCAUCAUGAUCCCCAUCAUCAUUACGUGGUCGUGCAACAUCCAGGCGUACUAGUGUCCGUUGCUGGUCAUGGUGCUAGUGCUGGUGCUGCCUCUGGCGGUUCUGGCGGUGGUACGAAUGGUGACGAUGGGUCAUAUAAUCCACCAGUAGGUGCCGAUGAUGGCUCUUAUAAACCAAAAAUUGGAUUAGAAGGAGAAUAUGUAGAAAAAUUAGAUGAUGUCCUGGCAGCAGCCGGGGUUUCUGUUGGGAGUGACGCAGGCGAUGCCGGCGCUUAUGGUGGUAGUGUGGUUGUAGAUGCUGCGGGCGGCCUAGGUUCAUACGGGGCUGGCGGCGGUGGCACUGGGAAUGGCGAAAGUUCUGGUAUUGCUUAUGAUUUUGGGGGUUGGACUGGAAACGACGGACUUGGUGGGGGAGUUAAUGCUGCUGCGGCUGACGCCGGUGCUUCUGGUGGCUUAGGAGGGGCUACUGGAGGCGCUGCUAAUGCUGGUGCUGCCAACGGAGCUGACGACAAUAGUGGCAAUGGAGCUGGUAAAGGUGCUAACGAGAAUGCUGACAGCGGUGCUGGCAACGGUGCUGGCAGCGGUGCUAGCAGCGGAGCUGGCAACGGUGCUGACAGCGGUGCUAGCAGCGGAGCUGGUAAUGGUGCUGCUGAUGAUGCCGCCGAUGGUGCUGGCAGCGGUGCUGACAGUGGUGCUGGCAAAAGUGCUGGCAACGGUGCUGGCAACGGUGCUAGCAGCGGAACUGGUAGUGGUGCUGCCGAUGGUGCUGCCGAUGGUGCUACCGAUGGUGCUGGCAAUGGUGCUGGCAAUGGUGCUAGCAGCAGUCAGGGAAGUUCAGGCGAUGAGGGCGGUGUAGUUGGUAGCAGCGGUGCUGGUUUUAGCGGCGGUACUGGUAGCAGUGGCGGAUACGAUGGUUUUGGUGGCCUUAGUUUUUACAAUAGUUUUAGUAGUGCUGACGUGGCUAGCGGACUUGGAGGAGGAGCUGGUGUUUCUGCUAGCGCUGGCGGAGGUGCAGGGCAAGCAGGUAGCGCUGGAGGUCUGGGUGGGUUAGGUGGUUCUGGGGGCCUAGGCGUAAUAGCUGGAGGAGGCGGUGGUGGUGGUGGAGGCGCUGGUAGUGCUAGUGGACUUGGUGGGCUCGGGGGAUUUGGAGGAGCCGGAAGUCUAGGUGGGGCUGGUGCAGGUGGUGGUGGCGGUGGUGGCGGAGCGGGUGGUGUUGGAUUUAGUGGUGCUUCCGGCGGCGCUGGCGCUGAUGGUGGCGCAAGUCUUGCAAGUGCUGGUGGAGCUGGUGGCGGUGCAGGAGGCGGUGGUGGUGCUGCGGGUGCGGCCGGUGGUGCAGCUGUUUUUGCAGUUGCUAGUGCUAAUUAUGCAUCUGGUCCUUGUGGGCCAGAUGGAGCCGACGGUCUUGAUGGACCUGAUGGUGCCGAUGGUUCCACAGGCGGUAAAGGAGGAAAAGGUGGUAAAGGUGGCUGUGUAGGGGCAGGAGGAAGUGGAGGAGCCGGCGGAGCAGGAGGCGCCGCUCCUCAUCCUAGUACAGGCGGCGCGGCGUCAGCCAAUGCCUUCGCCCAAGCUCACGAUUACGCUCAUGCCCAUGCUCACGCUUCGUCAUGGUCCCAACCGCCUUAUCCUGUUGUAGUUAAUGAUCUUUUAAAUUACGUUGUAAAAUCACGCUGGUAAAUAGAAACAACUUAAUCGGUGAAGCCGAAACUGACUGAUGAGUAUCACUGACUCGGCAGUGUAAUCCUUGAUGAACUACAUAAUAAACGAAAAAAGUGCUUAAAAAAGUAUUUUACAAAAUUGGAACUUUCAAACGAAGAUGCAUACAUAUAUAAGCCUUUAAUUUAUAACCUCUAGUUUAAGUCUAGUCAUAACAUAACAAAAGACGAUGUAUUGUAAUAAACAACCAUUUUGCAUGCGAAUAUAUAAAUAUUCAGAAG